AACUAUUCUAUACUAUAUUAAAACAAAUGGAUGUUUAUAUGUCAGAAAGUGGAGACACUCAAAGAAGUAAUACUUCAACAUCUAUUAGUUCAAGCUUCGGCAUUAACCCUGAAUAUAUAUAUGAAUCUACAUUCUGGCCUAAAAUUUUAUGCUUUGUUCGCAGUGCUUUACAAGUCGAUCUACAGAUUGAAAGACCUUUACAUUCAUUUUCUCAUGAAGAGCUUUAUAGAAGCAUAUAUUGGAUGUGUUGGCAAGGUUUUCAAAAACGAUUAUAUUCAGAUAUUAACUUAUUGAUUGAAGAGACUCUUAAUAUACUUGGGAAUCAAUUAGAAAAUAAUCAACAGAUUGAAUCAUGGAUUGAAAAUUUUAGACAAAUUUGCGUUAAUCAUGCGAAAGCUAUUGAUAUCUUGGGAAGCGUAUUUGCUUACCUGGAUAAAACAUAUUUACAGUAUACACUUCGUUCGAAUCUUAGGAGUUUAUUGGUAGAUCGUUUUCAACAUUUAAUUACUGACAAAUCAGAAAUGCGUAUUAUAUUUUUAUUUAGUAUGAUACUUGAUAAUCCUGGAAUGUUUGAUUUAAAUAUUGUGGUAGAAAUUUUGAAAGCAUUAUAUAAAAUUAAUCCUGUUAAUAUCUAUCUGAAUCCAAGUUUAUUUCAAAAUUUUAUCAAAGAUAUGAAAAUACCCAACAAUUUUAAUGAUUUUCGAGUUCGUCAUGUAACUUUAGAAACAAAGUAUCAAUUAGAAAAAUUAAAAAGUGAAGGUUGGCAACCAGGGUUUUCCCGAUUAAAAAGGCCUUUGACUAUGAUUGAAUUAAAUGAAGAUGAAAUUCAAGGAAUUCAACAAGGAAAACGAGAAAUUGCAGAACAAAUUAACCAAAGCAAAAAAAAAUAUACAACGAUUGCGAAUAGAACGGAGCAAUCACAACCCCCAGUUGAGUCAGAAUCAGAACUAUCAUCAUCUCCACAGAGAGCGAUAGAUUCUGAGGAUGAAUCAUCAUCUUCAGUGGGUAGUGAUGAAAAUGAUGAAUGUGAACCUGCCAUAAAGUAUUGUAGUGAUCUUGUAAGAAAAUACGAUGCGGAAAAUUAUCUUUGUUCGUUUUUUUAUCCCAAACCACUUCAAAAAGUUCAUUUAGGCAUGCGUGCAUUUAAUCUUGAACUUGUAAUGAUUCGUGAAAAUGUUAGUAAUCCUCAACUUGGUAAAGUAAGAAUCCAAUUUUGGAGGGAAACUAUUGAUAAUGUAUUUAAGGGUAAACCACCUCAUCAACCAAUAGCUCAGGUUUUGGCAAAUUCAUUGGAAAUAUGCAAAUUAUCCCCAAUUUUUUUCAAAAGGAUUUUAGAUGAAAGGGAUGCUAAUUUAAAUGAUCCAACAUAUUUCACUACAAAAGAUUUAGAAACAUAUGGAGAAAAUACUGCAUCAUGUUUAUUAUAUUUACAUCUUGAAUCUUUAAAUGUUAAAGAUAUACAAUCAGAUCAUGCAGCUAGUCAUAUUGGAAAAGCUAUAGGAAUUGUUACUAUUUUAAGAGCAUUUCCUUAUCUUGUUAGUAAAAGAAGAAUGAUGUUACCUGUAAAUAUACUUGCAAAGUAUAAUAUUUCUCAAGAAGAAAUAUUUCAAUCUGGUUCAGUUAAAGGACUUAAUGAUGUAAUAUUUGAAAUUGCUACAUUAGCUAAUGAUCAUUUGUUAACUGCCAGAACAUUUUUAAAAGAUAUUUCAAAACAAGCAUUACCUGCUUUAUUAUCUGCAGUACCUUGUGAUCUAUAUUUGAAAAAAUUAGAAAAAUAUAAUUUUAAUAUAUUUGAACCAAAACUUAAUAGAAAAGAUUGGAAAUUACCAAUUAAAUUAUG